AACAAUAAAUCGUGGUAACAAGAUAACGGCAGAGAAAAAUAUAAUUAAAUCAUGGUCUUGCUGCUAGUUUAGGGGAUUUGGUAUGAGGUACUUGGCAACCCUGAUGUAACCACAGAAAUAUUAUGGAGCUGGAGACGUGUAUAGCUUUUUUAUUAGCAGAUGAGUUAGACGCUGAAGAAUACGCCCACUUAAAAAAGCCUCUCACAACACGAGGAAUUAGAGGAGGUGAUGAUGAUGAUGAUGAUGAUGAUGAUGAUGAAGAUGAUGAAGAUGACGAUGAAGACAAAAAGAGCUACUUCAGUGCUACAGUUCCCAGCCUCUCUGUCCUGGAUUUCCAGAAAUGCUUUCAGCUCACACAACCCCAAGUUGAAGAGUUGGUAAACUUGUUGUCACCUUGCGAAUGGACGACUCUUAAACUUGAAGGAUGGACUGUGAUGCAUGCGGUGCUUGCCAGUCUAUGGGCUCUUUCCACUCUGGAGGCUCACAGCAGCGUCGCAGCCCGUUUUCACACCAGCGAGUCUCUAAUUCGCCUCCACCUGAAUGAUUUCUGCACCUUGAUUACAAACAACUUUGCCGAUCGGAUCUGCUGGCCCAAGUGGAAAGAAGCCGAAACUUCUGUGGCUGGAUUCUUAACUAACGUCGGUCUUCCUGGUACCGUUUGUGUGCUUGGUUCCUGCUCGAUUCCCAUUGACAGGCCUUCUGACGUGCCAGAUCCAGAGGUGUAUCGGGACUCUGUAGAAAACGCAUACUCUGUAACUCUCUUGGCUUUCUGCAACCAUCAGGGUUGCUUCACUUUUGUAAACGCAGAGCACCCAGGAAACUGGCAUAACUCCAGAGUCCUUCAAGAGACCGAAGUUGGAAAAGCGUUGCAAGAGGAUCCGCUGAACCUGCUACACGGCAAGCAUGUAAUAGGAGACGGCACCUUCCCGCUGUCCGAACAUCUUCUCACGCCUUUUCCAGACUACGGGAUGCUAGGAGAGAAGAAGCUGCGUUACAAUUUAAGAGUUCAGGCGGCUCUUCGGGUGGUCCGAGGAUCCUUAAGUAGUCUGAGAUGCAGGUUUCAGCGGCUGAGGUGUUUGGAAGUGAAUUCUGUAAGCCAAACCCAUCUGGCUGUGAGGACUUGCUGUAUCUUAUAUAACAUGUAUUUAGAGACUGAUAAUGCUGCUACAGCUGAAAGUUUAGAGGAACAGGUGACUGUUCAGCCACCUUUUCACAAACUCCCCCAUGGCCACUCGGGCAGUCUUGGUGGAAUCUCUAAAAGACAGGACAUCGCCGCUUCACUUGGACGAAAGAGUAAAAAAAGGUGAAGGAACGAUACAAAGGGAACAUUUAAAAAGAUUUUAUAUAUAUAUAUGGUAUAAGCAAUCAAGAUGUGAUUGAAGAUUUUUUUGCUUUAAUUCAAGGGGUUUAACAAAAAAUAUUGCAUUAACUGAUUAGGAAUUACAGCAGUUUCUUGCUUUAGAGUCCCUCCAAUUUCAAAGGCUGAAAAGUAAUUGGACAGUUGACUGAUAAGCAGUUUCAUGGUCUCAUGAUCCAAAGCGUACCACAUCAUCUGUCAAACAUGGCGGAGGCAGUGUUAUGGCAUAGGAAUGUGUGGCUUUAAUUGAAUAAAGUAUAUGUCCGAUAUAAAGACAGACGGGUUGGUUUGAGUAUUUCAGAAACUGCUUGAGAUUUCCACACACUACAUUCUCUAGAGUUGUACGUUCUCAAAAUGGUACGUCCAGAAACACCUUCUUGACGAGAAAGACCAGAGGACUGGUUUUGUGCUGACAGGAAGGCUGCAGUAACUCUAACAAUCACUCUUUACAACCGUGGUGAGCAGAGAUCUUUCCAAUCUUCAACCCUCCAGUUUCAUUGAGAGCCAAAAGGGGAAACAUGAACAUCUUUGGCUCUGUUGGAUUGUUUUUGUUGCAGAACACAACUUCUCGAAAUCCUCCCUUUUAAAAAAACUAAAAACAUUUCUAUGUAUUCUUCCACCUUAAAAUUAUGGGCGAUGCAAAACUUUUGUAAUCAUAUGCAUAGAUGCAUACUAUAUAUUUGCAUGUAAAUAUAUUAAUAAACAUAAACAAAGCAGAGAUGUUGUAAAUGCUCUUUAAAUUGUAUGAGAUCCUGUAAAUAAAUGUACCGUAAACUGAUACGAGACAGGAUUGUAAUUAUUGAUUACACAUGCAAGUUGGAGAUUAUGGAUAUUUUUUAAAAUUUUUUUCUAUUUUUAAAGAAAAUAAAUCUAAAUGCUUGUGCUCCCAGGCUAGACGAUCUGUUGAUGUGAAAUAAAUGAAGAAUAAUAAAUGCAUUGCUACCCUCCUGUGGCAAAAUGUGAAAACACCCUAUGGGUCAUCAUCCAUCACUGGCAAUCACCUUAACAAUACAUUAAAUACAUCUUUUAACGUUUUAUUUUCAUUACAGUUUAACAUUAACAGCAAACAGAUACUUUUAACAAAAGAAUACUGUUAGGUCAUAUUUUUUAAAAGUUAUAUUUACUUUGAUUAUCAGACAGUUCCUAAGUUUUACACUAGGAUUUUCUAGGGACCAUGUGCAAAUGUUCUUUUCAAAACUCAUGACAGGAGUUUAGCUGUUGCCAACAUGUCCGUCUCUUUAUUCAGGCUUCUUGGAAUGUCUGGAAUAGUAUGGAAUUUUACAAAUCCCAGAAAACCUUUGUGGAAGAAAGGAACGUUGUGGAUGUCCUGCUGCACGUCAGCAUUCCCUUACAGAGUUUUUUUUAUUUAAUUAUUAUUAUUAAUUAAUGCAGCUUCUCGAACGACAGUUUAUAACACAGUUAGUGAUGUUUACAACUAAUGAAAACUAAAGUUGGGCAAUCUGAAAAUUGUAAAAAAAAAAAAAUAAUUAAAAAAAAAACUACAAAAAAUAUAAAUAACAAUAUUUGUAAAAUGCUUGAAAAGGUAUGGCUUAUUUGUUCAUGAAUGAAUAAAGGCUGAAAUCUUUGUAACUGUCCUGAGCUGCAGUCUAGCGUAGAAAUAUAAUAUAAAUAUAAUAUAAAUAGCAUUAAUAGGUAACUUUAUUUAGUGUGUUACCAAAAAAAAUUAAUAAAUAAAUCUGCCAUUUUCAUUAAAUAUGACAUCACGCUGACUCAUUUGGCCCUCAUUUAAAGCGAAACAUAAUUAAAAAUAUAACGAUGUGGAAUUUAUUGCAGUGCUUUCUUUUUAUAUAAAAUGUAUAACCCUCUACAGCAUAAGAAUAUGUAAUCUUGCAUGUACUUGGUGU